ACGAAAAUGCCGAGAUCAAAAGCGUGGCUCCAUUUCAUCAAAAUUGAUGCAAAUGCUGCACGAUGCAAUAUCUGCAAAAAGGACAUCGCUGCUAAGGCCGGCAACACGACCAAUUUGCUGAAACAUCUGAUGGUGCACGGGAUAAAUUUAAGAGCAGAAAGUUGCUCCGUGUUUGACAAGAGCGGACCGCAUCCCUCAUCCUCUGUGGACGUUGCAGAGCCAAAGUGGCCACCUUCGACGUCAUCUGCACCACCGGACCCCGCUUCAUCAGGGAUUUCAAAAGUAGCCCCUGAUCAUGUCCACCUUGAUCAGAGGACGACACGGGCAGUCAGCGUGAAUCCCUUCACACUGGCAGAAAAAGGAAAAAUGACUAAAGAAAAGCAAGUUGAGUGCCACAGGGCAGUCACAAACUUUGUUGUCAAAGGUUUGCUGCCUUUUUCCACAGUGGAGGCUCCAUGGUGGAGGGAGAUGAUAAGAGCCCUAAACCCCAGAUAUCAGCCCCCCAGCAGAGACAUGCUGUCAAAUACACUCAUACCUGCAUGGUAUGCAGUAGAGAAGGGAAAUGUCAAGAGAGAAUUGCAAGACGUCAGGGAUGUGGCUGUGACUGCGGAUGGCUGGACCAGUGUGGCACAGGACCACUACCUGACUGUUUCAGUCCACUAUGUGAGAGAGGGUGCCAUGAAGGAGAAAAUCCUGCAUACCAGGGCAGUCUACACAUCACAGACAGGGCCUGUAAUAGCUGAGGAGAUAGGGGAUAUUCUUGAUGAAUUCAAGAUAAAGGAAAAAGUUGUUGCCAUUACCGUAGACAAUGCAGCUAAUAUGGAUGUAGCAGUGAAAAAGAUGAGCAUUAGAAAAAUUGGCUGCUUUGCUCAUACUCUAAACAUUGCUGCUCAAAAGUUGUACACUAUACCUACAGUCUCAAGGUGGGCAGGAAGAAUCAGAGCUAUGGUGGUGUGGUUAAAGAGGUCUAGCUUGGCUAAACCUGUCCUAAAAGAGAAGCAGCGUCUUCUUGGUCUUCCAGAACAUGCUGUCAUUCUGGAUGUGAAGAACAGGUGGAACAGCCUGUUCCUGAUGGUGGAGCGAUUUCUGGAGCAGUUCCCUGCCAUCCAGGCAGCCUCCAUGGACCCUCGGUUAAAAAAAUCAAUGGAGAAAGACAGACUGGAGAGGCUUUCUGAUGAGGAUUACAGAAAAGCAGAACAGUUUGUCGGAGUUAUGAAGAUCCUCUAUACUUCAACCAUCUGCAUCUCCAGUGAAAGGAGUCCAACUCUGGGUCAGAUUCUACCCAUCUUGGGGAAACUCCAGCACCACUUCACAGUUACUGAUGAGGACUCCUCCUUUAUACAGUCCAUAAAGGAAACGAUCUGGGAUAACCUCUCAAAAAGAUAUCAAGAUGAGAGCAUCAGGCAGUUCUUGGAGGAGGGCACAGCCUUAGACCCAAGAUUCAAGAUGAAAGUGGCCGAUGGAGUGUGGACCAGACUAGAGGAGGAGCUGAUGAGUAGGAUCUCACAAAAGAAUAAAGGUGUAAUGACCCAGGCCCAGCAGAUGGAGCAGAACCUUGAAGAGACUGCUGGUGACCAUGUUGACGACUUGUCUGAUGAAGACUGUACAGCUGCAGGAGCAACAAUGAAGAAGCCAAAGCUCUCUGCCCUUGAGGAGCUGUUUGCUGACGAGGACAUGGCAGUUGAAAUAAGACAAGAGAACACUCUCAGCACUGCAGAGAAGGUUCAGGGGGAGAUACAGGAGUACAGAGGUCUGCCAUCUACCCUAACCUCAGUGAAUCCAGUAACCUGGUGGUGGAAUGUGAGGGACACUCUGCCAAUGCUAUCAAACUUGGCAACCAGGUAUCUCUGUGUGCAAGCAUCAUCCACACCCUCAGAGCGUACAUUUUCUACUGCUGGGGACACCAUCAGCCAGGAGCGGGCUUGUCUGUUACCUGAGAAAGCAGACAUGUUGAUUUUCCUUAAGAAAAACUGCUAAGUGAAGCCUUAGUAUGCAGCAGUGAGCAAUAGACUGACUUGUUUGCAACUGUUUUUUUGUUCUGUUGCACUGAAAAUUAUUUAUUAUUUAUAUUUUAUGUUAAAAAACUGCUUUGAGUUGAACAAUA